UACGAAUCUCCAACAUUCCACUAUAAAGACGGCUUGGAGGAGGAAAUAUUUCCAGCUGAGAAUAAGGUCACAGUGAACGAUUUCAUGGCAACACUUAUGUCUGAACCGGGCCCAUCCUGCCUUGUUUGGCUACCGCUGUUGCAUCGUUUGGCCACUGUUGAGACAGUUGUACAUCCGACAAUCUGUUCGGUAUGUCAUAAGGAGAAUUUUACGGGAUUUCGUUAUCGUUGUCAGCGGUGCCACGCCUACCAAUUAUGUCAAGAGUGUUUUUGGCACGGCAAGACAUCACUGAAUCAUCAGAAAGAUCACGAAGUCAAAGAGUAUUCCAGUUAUAAAUCGCCCAGUAAACAGAUCGGCCAUUCGCUGCGAAAGAGCUUCCGAUGUGUGCCCGAGAAGACGACACAAGUGUUGCCACGUUUCCCCGAGCAUCCGGAAAAGACAUUGAAUCUAUCCCAUAUUGUACCGCCAUCGCCAUUGCCGUCGCACAACGGUUUCACCGAUCCGCCACUAUUGCAUGGCGGCGGACCUGGUGGCGCACAUAGUGGUGGCCUGUUGUAUGAUCGCUCCAGCACGUUGGAUUCACGUGCCACUGGACGCAGUCUGGACAGUGCUACCGCUGCUAGCAUGUCACGCAUGGCCACCGCUUCGGCCAACGAUGAGGAACAUCGCUUAAUUGCACGCUAUGCCGCACGUCUUGCCCAAGAGAAUCGCGCCCCGAUCAAUGCUGCUGGCAAUGCAGAGAAUGCUAGUAGCAUCGGUUCAGAUAAUUCGCGUGCUCAACGCGAGCUAAUUGCUCAAUUGGAAACUAAAAACAAGGAGAUUAUGCGGGAAAUUGCCAGAUUACGCCGUCAACAGGAAGUCGAACAAAUUACACCCGAGAAUCCAGCGUUGCUAAACGAACUGCGGGCAUUGCGUCAACGUAAAGGAGAACUAGAGGGUCAUUUGGGCGCCUUGCAGGACUCGCGCCGUCAACUAAUGGAUCAAUUGGAGGGCCUCAUGCGCAUGUUAAAAAAUCAACAAACAACCUCACCACGUUCCACACCCAAUUCCAGUCCACGUUCGGGCAAGUCGCCACCUAUGCCUGGUGGGGGUAUCGGUGCAGCAGGUGGCGGUGCUAAUUCGCUGAAUGUUGCCGCAAUGCAUUCGCAACAAGGCCAACCAUCGGCACACUCUUUAAUGAUCGGUGGUGGAGCCGGCGGCAGUGGUCGUCCAACGCAGCAACAACUAAUGCAGGCACAACAGACUGGGGCGCUUCAAGCGGCACAACAACAACAACAGUCCUUCAAUUCAAGUCAACUGGAUCAAUUGAAUCAAAUAAGCAAUGAAGUGCGUUCGGCAUUUACAGGCAAUACAAGCUCAACCUUCAUGCCUAAUCCAAUGGCUGAGAUAAAUGAUGCUGCUGAUAAUAUAACAUCCGCACUUUCGAAUCUAGUAAACGAUUUGAAUGCAGGACCAGCAGCGUCUCCCUUGCAACCUCGCUUUAUAAUGCCGCUUGACAUGCGUCACGUUGUUGGUGGUGAAUCAUCAAUCGAUGGAGACAUAUCCGAUUCGGCAGAAGCGAGCGGUGCCACUAUUCACUAUAACUAUGAAAACGACGACAAUAAUUAUGAUGUUGAUGAAGAAGAGAGACGUUUAUUUGAAAAUGUCUUUCAAACCGAUGAAGAGUAUAAAUGGCUGGACGAUUGCGAACGACGUACACACAAUCAACGCAGCAUCAUGUGCUAUAAACAUUAUCCCAACUUUUUGAUUGAUGAUGAAAAUGCCGGCUUUCCGGCAUUGCACGAAAUUGGCGAGACAAUCGAUGAAAUGCAGCUAAUUAUGCAUGCUUUGGUCAUGAAAUACAGUAUGAGCUUGUAAACUAUACGUGUACUCCAGCAACAGCUAAG